AUCUAACGCUCUUGGUCCAGCAUGUAAAUAUGUCCUGCCAGGAUUCACGAACAGAAUCGCGAUAGUUCCGCUCACAGUGCAGCAAAGCAGAACACUUUUAACGUGAACUGUAGGCAGUUGUGCAACAGAACGUUGACAACAUCAAGCUUUUUUAUAAGAAAAUCAGGACUUCGUAUUCAGGUUUUCAAGAAAACGUGACAGCAAUAAAUAGUUUUUGAUGCUACAAAAGGCUAGACAUCUCCCUCUAGUGGUGAAAUGCUUGUGUUGCAGACGUGGACCGUAGGCAUCGUAAACUAAAAUAACAGAGGGUCUGAGUGAACACACAUGGCGCACCCGUGUAGGAGAAUUGUGUAACACAAGCUGAUCAUAUAUUGACUAAUAUAUAUAUAUAUAUUGACGAUUUCCUGAGAAAAGUGGGGAAGAAUAACAGUGAAGGACCCCCCCCCCAAACCCACAAUUCCUUGCAACCUUCCUUGCGGUUCAUUCAAACAUGGAGGAACAAGAGCGAAAGUUGAGGAGUGAUAUUAGCAGAGAAAGUAAACCUGGAGGAGGGACGGCUGAGAGUGCCGAGGUGGACCGGAGAGAGAGGAGGGAGACGGGAGAGGAGGGUCGCGGAGACGAAGGAGAUGGCGGUAAAGAUGGAGAACUUAAAGAGCAGCGUGACUCUAGACUGGACGUUAGCUCGGAUCAGUUUGACCCAAUGCUGGCGCUGUACUCGCCGGUGGUACCGCUGCCGUUCCCGAACAUCCGGUGUUUUAAUAACGUGGCGGAGUACGAGAGCUUCCUGAAGGGCGGCCGUGGGCGCGCGAAGCCCGAGAAUGUGGCGAAGAAGCAGCGCGCGGCGCAGAGAGGCGUCGCGGACCCGGAGAGGAUCGCGCGCCUCAAAGAGCUGAUGGUGAAGAAUCCGGCCAGUGAGGAGGACGCGGAAGAGGGCACGAGCGGGACUCGGAGGACCGGGCGUCGACAGAAAGCUCCGAAAAAUGUGCUAACAAGAAUGCCACUGCUGGCUGGCAGUCCUCUUGGUACGCUGAAUCGGUGUGUACAGGAGCACAUCCGGGUCAAAGUUCACGUGCGCAGCUUCAAAGGCCUGCGAGGGGUCUGUGUUGGCUUCGUCGUCGCCUUUGACAAGUUCUGGAACCUGGCCAUGGUGGAUGUGGAUGAAACGUACCGGGAGCCUUUGCUUGGACAAGCACUCUACCACGAGAAAGCUCUAACUGUCACAAGGCUGUUUGAAAAAUGUAAACUGCAGGAGAAGGAAGAAGUUGCUACCUGUGAGAAAACACACUCGACCGAGACUACCAGCAGGACACAAACACACUCGACUGAGACUACCAGCAGGACACACACACACACUUUGGCUGCUGCAGGACACGCCCCCUCUGGGGGCCGGGUUAAGGAUGACGGACAGAAGGGCAGAACGGUGUAUGGACGAGUUCGAACCCGACACGUCAGUCAGCUGUUCAUCCGUGGAGAGAACAUCCUGCUAAUAAACAUCCCUAAGACGUGAGCCUGAGCUGGUGUGUGUGUGUGUGUGUGUGUACAAACAUCUGGGUGCUGUGUGU